UCCUUGCUUCCAAGAUGACCAAGAAAAGAAGGAACAAUGGUCGUGCCAAAAGGGCCGUGGCCAUGUCCAGGCGUUCGUUGCAUCAGCUGCGCCCGAUGCACGCCCCAGGACGAGGCCAUUAAGAAGUUUGUCAUUCGAAACACAGCAGAGGCCGCAGCCCUUAGGGACGUCUCCGAAGCGAGUGUCUUCGCCGCCUACGUGCUUCCCAAGCUGUAUGUGAAACUACAUUACUGUGUGAGCUGUGCCAUUCACAGCAAGGUAGGCAGGAAUCGUUCAAGUGAAGCCCGGCAGGCCCGAACACCCCACUCCGAUGUAGACCUGUGA